AAUCUGGAUCAGACAUUUUGCACAUGACGUCUGGUGACCUGGACUGCAAGUCUCUCUGCAAGAAGGAGGAGGAAGCAAGAUCAGCCUCUGCCAUGCCAGGCACCAGCCCAGCUCCUGAGACUGCUGUACUCGGAGACUCCCGAGACGCCGGAGACGCCCAGGGUGUGGACAAGGCUGCCUCGCACCUGGAAGCAAGAGAGGAACUCAGAAUAGUGGAAGACGGAGGGAAGGGCUGCAUUGCCGGAGAAACUGAGGUCUCAGAACCUCCCAAAUCGCCUGUGAAGUUAGUUAACUUUCAGCAGAGUGAGAACACUUCGGCCAGUGAGAAGGAGGUGGAGGCAGAAUUUCUCAGGCUAUCUUUGGGACUGAAGUGUGACUGGUUUACUCUGGAGAAGAGAGUGAGGCUUGAAGAGAGGUCCCGGGACCUGGCAGAGGAAAACCUGAAGAAAGAAAUCACCAACUGUUUAAAGCUUUUAGAGUCGUUAGCACCUCUGUGUGAAGAUGACAACCAGGCUCAGGAGAUCAUUAAGAAGCUGGAGAAGAGCAUAGCGUUUCUCAGCCAGUGCACAACACGCGUGGCCAGCAGGGCGGAGAUGCUGGGGGCCAUCAAUCAGGAAAGCCGGGUGAGUAAAGCGGUGGAAGUGAUGAUUCAGCAUGUAGAGAACCUGAAGAGGAUGUAUGCCAAAGAGCACGCCGAGCUGGGGGAGCUGAAGCAGGCUCUGCUGCAGAACGAGAGGUCCUUCAGCCCUCUGGAAGAUGAAGAUGACUGUCAGAUUAAAAAACGUUCGUCUUCUCUAAAUUCCAAGCCAUCGUCUCUUCGAAGAGUGACAAUUGCCUCUUUACCCAGAAAUCUCGGGAAUAUGGGGAUGGUGUACGGGAUAGACAAUAAUGACAGGUUCAGCCGGCGGUCAAGUAGCUGGAGAAUCCUGGGGACAAAGCCGAGCGAGCACCGCCCCUCGCUGCAACGGUUUAUUAGCACCUAUUCCUGGGCAGACACUGAAGAUGACAAGUGUGAUGAGAAAACCAGAGAUGCCUCGGAACCGGCGGGAGAAGAGGUGGUGGAGAGGACCAGGAAGGCCAGCGUCUCUGAGAAGAGGAGCAGCCCAUCCACCUGGGACAGCACUGCAGUCUGCAGCUCGGUAGCUUCCUGGGUCACUCACCUCCAGGUGUCCUGCAGAAGGGCCAACAAGGUGCUCUGGCUCUCUGUGGUCUUCAUCGUACUGUUUGCAGCGCUGAUGAGUUUCCUCACAGGCCAGUUCUUCCAGACGGCUGUGGAGGCUGCACCCACACAGGAAGGAACCUCCUGGAUGUCUCUAGAACACGUGUUAUGGCCCCUUACCAGACUCAGGCACAAUGGGCCCCCGCCGGUGUGACUGUAGCACAGUCGAGUGACCCAUUCUGAUUUAACAUUUCCCUCUGAGAUUCAUUAGUAACUUUCUAGUAAUUACAGUGCAAAGCCAGGUUCUCAGAGCAGCUGAGAUAUUUUAAUUCCCCAGCAAUAGCAGAGGGAGGGGACCCCACCUCGGGUAUUUUAAUGAGCUUUCUGAGAGAGACAUCGUAUUUUAUUGAAAUGUACCAUAAUAAAGAGCCAUUCAAAUC